AUGAUUAACGACCCGUAUCUGAGAGUGGUGCGCGAGUUCGAGUUCGGUAUAUACAUUGUACAUGCAGAAUCAUGCAAGCUGCUGUACGCCGAUGACCUCAAAAUCUUCCGGCGAAUUGGCGAUUCUGACGACGUCCGUGCUCUCCAGGAAGACAUCAACGUGCUGCUUCGCUGGUGCGUUCAGAACGGAAUGGAAGUGAACGAGAAAAAGUGCAAGCUGAUCUCGUUCUACAGGAUUCGGAGCCCAAAUCUUGCGGAGUACAACAUGGGCCGAUCCACACUCGAACGCGUUCACUCCAUCGUGGACUUGGGCGUCACGAUUGACUGCAAGAUGGAAUUCAACCAGCACGUCUCCAUCUCCGUGGCCAAAUCGUACGCUAUGCUCGGUUUCCUUCGAAGAAAUGCUGCUGGUUUCACCGACGUGAGGGUCCUCAAAACGCUGUACUUCUCGCUAGUUCGCAGUGUGUUGGAGUACGCCGUACCGGUGUGGGCGCCGUAUUACGCCGUCCAUCAGCAGAAGAUCGAGAGUAUCCAGCGUCGAACAGAGAAGGGCUAA